AAUCCUGCUGUUUUAGAAGCUAUUCAGCCAAUUCUUACCACUGAAGAUUCAAAAAACGCAGAUGUUACCUCAUUCGCUGGACUGAAUGUUACCGACAUAACAUUAUUGAAGCUGAAAGAAAAUUUGGAAGCGAAAUAUAAAAAAUGUAGUGAAUCUCUAAACAAGCAUAAGACGUCGUUAAUAGAAGCGAAAAGCGAAUUAGAACAAGGCAAGCUCGUCAUUGGAGAAGCCCGUGAAAAGUUGCCCAACCUUGCAAACGGUUUAUGUUUUACCAACGAAUGAAAGAGUACAUAGAUGAUUUGAUAUCGUGUUUCAAUGAAAAGAUGACGAAAAUAGAAUAUCUGGAGAAACGUUCUAUUAUCAUAUUUCGUGAACGGUACGAUAAACUAGUUGAACGUCGACGUAUGGAUAUGAAAGAUUUGGCUGAUGCAGUAUCCCAGCCAAUCAACUCCACUACAAGUGCGUCUCGAACACCAGAUGUAGCCAAGAUUUUCGAAGCUAGACGAAGAAGAUGUGCUGAACGCGAAUUUCGACGAAUACGACGUCAACGUGCUCGUGAACUUGAAAAUCCCGGUGUUGUACAGGUUCAUGUGGAUGGGACUAGUACCGAUGAUGAAGAACCCCAGGCUGUGAUAGUUAAACGUGGAGCUGAUAUUGAUUCUUUAUUAGUCGAUGCUAAUGCCUUAUUCGAGGAUGUUGUUGAAGAGUUUUGUGAAUUACCGCUAAUCCUUGAAAGAUUUACCGAAUGGCGUGCUAAAUCACCCGAAUCCUAUCGUCAAGCCUAUGUAUCUUUAUGCUUGCCUCAAUUAUUUAGUCCAUUAAUACGUAUUCAGUUGAUCGGUUGGAAUCCUUUGAUUAAUAAUUCCAAUUCAAUUGAAGAAAUGAAAUGGUUUCAAGAUUUGCUGGACUUUUGUAGUCUCCCACCAAAUGAUGGGAUUGAUAUAAAACCAACUAAUCAAUUUAGCCUUAACGAUGAUAAUGAUAGUAAGAAAAAUGUGAACAAUAACAAUAACACUGAUAACAAAGCAAGUAAUGACACUGAAAUUGAUGAUGACCUUCGAGUUAUACCGAAAUCUGUAGAAAAAGUUGUCUUACAGCGAUUAGAUGAAUUGAUUUCUGCCUCAUGGGAUCCAUUAUCAGAGAAACAGUCACUGCGGUUAGUCACCUUAAUUCGUGAAUUCAGUUCAACAUAUCCAACUGUACGUAUUGGUAGUCGUCCAACAGAGAAAUUAUUCACAUCCAUUGUUAAACGUAUCGAAAAUACAAUCCAGGAAGAUAUUUUUAUACCACUCUAUUCAAAGAAUUUAAUGCAACAGCGUCAAGGUCCUGCUUUCCUGUUUUUUGAACGUCAGUUUAACAUGGGAUUAAAGCUUUUAAAAAACAUUCUACUUUGGUUAAACCUACUCAGCAGUGAAACGUUAAAACAUAUUAGCCUGACUUGUUUAGUGAAUCGUUAUCUCUUAGUUGGACUUGCAUGCUUACUGUCAGUAGCCACACCUAAGCCAAGUGAAGAAAAGUCCAUUUCACCGUUUACUGCUUUUGGAGUAACAACUGAUCAGUCGGGUUCACUGGCUUUUCGUGAUGCUGUACAGCGAUUGCGGAAUAUUAUUGAACUGCUACCAUCUGAAUGGUUGAAGUCAUCUGUUCAUUUUAAAAAGAAGAUUCAUCUUCAGACAGCAUAUGCACAACAUCAGCUACAGAUUCUCUGUGUCAGAUCAAAAGAUUUUUAUCCCAGUUAUUGGAGCGUGUUCCUCCAAGUCGAAUGUAUUCAGAUAUUGUUGGUCAAACAGAUAUUCAAGCAGCUGAACGAGACUGCGUGGGAACACUAUUUCGUCUGAGAGAUUUAUUAAAAGAAUAAUUCUUCCAGUAUGUAUUAAUAAUGUAUGCGUAUGUGUGUACAUAUUUUUAUUUUCUUUUCAAGCUAGCAAUACUUUCUUAUUUUAUGAGAAAUAUAAAAGAAACCUG